AUGUGGGACGAGGUCGAGGAGCUCUCCCAGGCGGCUUCCGACAAGAAGCCCGCGCCCGCGGAGAUGGACCCCGUCCCGAUCAGCGAGAAGGACAUGAACUUCAUCAAGGAGACGCAAGCGGCGCUCGCCGCGGCGAAGAAGGGCGCGGAAUCCGUCGACGUCGACACCCUCCGCUCGCUCGAGUCCGCGGCCGCGUCCGCGAAGAAGGUGACGGUGUCGAACGCGCGUCUGGAUUCGCUGACCAAGGCGCUGGACCAGGCGCUCGAGGCGGCCAAGGCGUGCACGGGCGACGACUGCGCGAUCGAGUGGGAGACCGUGGAGGAGAUCUCUCAGGCGAAGUCCCGCGCGCAAAACGCGGAUUAA